AUGCUCACGCGGCCAAUUACUAGAGGUCGAGUUGGGAAGUGGGCCUUAGCGUUGGUAGAGUUUGCCCUACAGUAUGUUCCCCAGAAGGCCGUUAAGGGUCAGACCCUGGUUGACUUCCUGGCUGACCAUCCUCCCAUCCAAGUCGCCGGGGAUGGAGAACAGGAGGAGGUGGGGGAAGUCGCGUAUAUCGGUGUUACACUAUGGUUCUUAUCAUUUGAUAGAUCCAAAACCAGCCAGGCAGCUAGAGCAGGGAUAGCAAUUCGGUUACCACAGGGAGUGGAAACCCAAUUAGCGGUACAUCUGGGUUUUACGUGCUCAAACAACCAGGCCGAGUAUGAAGCCCUUAUUAUAGGAAUGAAGGUCCUUCUGCCAAUGGGGGCCAGAUCAGUUGAGAUAAAUGGGGAUUCCCAGCUGGUGAUCAAACAAGUGGCAGGAGAAUACCGCUGUGAAAGUGAGCACUUAGUUCGUCACCACUUGCUGGUGUGUAGCCUAAUCACUCAGUUCGACGAAGUGUCCAUAAGAUACGUCCCUCGCUUAAAGAAUCAGACGGCCAACAGUUUGGCUCAGGUGGCAUCAAGCCUGCGUCCCAUGGAGGAUUGCCUUAAGAGGACCAUUGUGUUACAAAAACAAUUGGUCUCGUCGGUCCUUGACUUAGAUCUAGUAGAGGUGAACCAGGUGGAGGAUACCCAGCCUGACUGGAGGACGUUAUUAAUCCAGUUCUUAAGGGACCCUAGCCUUAACAUGGACAAAAAAACUAAGUACAGAGCUUUGAGAUAUGUCCUGGUGGGUGGUGAUCUCUUCAAGAAAGGAAAGGACGGCCUGUUGCUUAAGUGUGUCAGCCUCAAUGAGUCAAUGGUGAUUAUGGCUGAAGUUCACGAAGGAAUUUAUGACUCACACCAAGCUGGUCCUAAGAUGAGAUGGCUAAUCAGGAGGCAUGGGUAUUACUGGCCCACUAUCUUGUCAGAUUACAUAAAAUACGCCAAGGGGUGUCAGGCUUGUCAACGGCAUGGUCCAAUACAACGGGCUCCUGCUGUGGAGCUCAACCCGGUGGUGAAGCCAUGGCCGUUCAGAGGGUGGGCCAUGGAUUUGAUUGGGAAGGUGACACCCCCAGCUAUAAAGGGUCAUUGCUUCAUAAUUUUGGCAACCGAUUAUUUCACCAAGUGGGUAGAGGCUGUGCCCAUGCGAUAG